CAUCCCCUCUCAUCCGGUCUGUCCAGGCUGGGCCCCUCUCAGCCUAUCACUGCCCUCCCUCACGAUUACGUCAGGACCCGGAAGUAGCGAGCUGCCUGCUUUGUUUUGUUUUGUUUUUGUAGUAGGAGUUGAGAAGGAGACCGACUGGCAGAGGUCCGACCGGGAGAGGGCCGCGCACUAAAUGGGGAGAGCUAAAUCGGGGAUGGAAGAUGACGGACCGAUAGCCGACGCCUGCAAAAUGCCGAGUUUCAUCGGCAGUUUCGAGGAGGGGAGGGUGAGGUUGUCCCGCAACCUGCCGACAGAAACUUCCUCCGCGGACGGUAAAGUUGAGCGGCCGCUCAGAGAUUUGACCCGACGUGUCACCAGAUCAAACUCCCGGCUGUCGCUCGACGGGGGCGAGAGGAGCGUCGGGGAGGAGAAGGAUGCGGAGGGCAACAACAACAACAACUGCAACGGCGGAGGAAGAGCGAGGAGGAGGAGGGCGAGCGCUGUCGAGAUUCUGAGGAGGAAUUUCGGGGACUCGAAGCCUCCCUCUUUCCUCCUGAACACGAGCAGUCGGAUGCAGUGCGGCGACGAGAAUGAAGCCCGCGAAGGAGGCGACGUUAGCGACGUUACUAAUGGCAGCGGAACUGAAUGUGGCGAGUGUGAAAAGUCGGACGUGGAAACGGGCGAAGCCGACGCCGAAAACGAGCCCACCCCGAGCGAGUCGCCGACUCCCGGUGUUCGGGGAGUUGAACGUUUAACCGUGACGGAUCGGUGCCAUAGCGGGUGCGACGGAGACGGCAGCGCGGACUCUGUCGAGGACACUUUCGAUGCCAAAGAGCACGUCUACAGCACCGUUUACUGCAUCGCCAACGACAGCCACCGACAGGACGCUGAAAUCACAGACCGCCACGAUGGAGCGGGCGCAGCUGACGCAACGGACGCGGACUCCGAGACCGGACGGGAGGCCGGUGGGCCGGCGCCGUACACGCUGGACGACCUGGUGGACCCUUUCGCGGGCAUGUCGCGCCGGUCGCACGCGGAGGAGGCCGAUGCGGACACUGAGAUACAGAUUUGCUGGGUGUGCCUGGACGUUAAACCCAUCGCCCCCCUGCCCUGCUGCAAGAACGCCGUGUGUGAUGAGUGCCUGAAGCUCUACGUCAGCUCCCUGGUGCGAGUGGCUAAGCUUCAAAUCCGGUGUCCGAUCCCGGAGUGCACCGGGAACCUGGAGGAGGGACUGGUGAUUUCUCACCUGGCCACCGAGGAGGUGGCAAAAUACCGUUACUUCCUGGAGCUGAGCCAGCUGGAUUCGAGCACCAAGCCGUGCCCCCAGUGCAGCCACUUCACGUCUCUGAAGACGCACAACCCCAACCGCUCCGAGCACAAGUACAAGAUUCAAUGUAGCAACUGCCAGUUUGUGUGGUGCUUUAAAUGCCACGCUCCCUGGCACAACGGGCUGAAGUGCCGCGACUACCGGAAAGGGGACAAGCUGCUACGAAGCUGGGCGAGUGUCAUCGAACACGGCCAAAGAAACGCCCAGAAAUGUCCUCAGUGCAAGAUCCACAUCCAGCGCACGGAGGGCUGCGACCACAUGACCUGCACGCAGUGCAACACUAACUUCUGCUACCGCUGCGGGGAGCGCUACAGACACCUCAGAUUUUUCGGCGACCACACGUCCAACCUCAGCGUGUUUGGCUGCAAGUACCGCUAUCUCCCUGAGAAACCUCAUCUGAGGCGCCUGAUUAGAGGGUCUGUCUGCGCCACUAAGGUGCUGAUUGCUCCGGUGGUCAUCCUGCUGGUCGUGGUGCUCGGAGCUCUCGCCCUGGUGAUAGGGUUGGUCGUUUUCCCGGUCUACUACGUGUGCAAGAGGAGGAGGAAGAAGCAGCACACGCGAGGCUCCGUUCGAUGGAUCUGAAACCCGCCCCGCUCUGCAUCCAGACUCGAAGAAGACGACGACGCCCACAUCUCCUCAGGGACGGACACGACGCCCCGAGUCAUCGCGGAACUCUUAAGGAUCGACGCUGGCGGUCAGCGGGGAUCCCUCAGGUGGAUGAAGUGUAGAAACAUAAAGCGAGGCCUGGGUGAACGCACGCUGUCACGUCCAGGUUAUUUAUAUCACAUGGGAGAACCCGCGCGACGCGGAUGCUUUAUCGGGACGCUGGAUAUUUAAGCAGGGAAAGAAUACGGUCCUAUAAACUGAAUGCUGAAGCAACGGCUCGUCACGCGGCGGAGCUGAAUUUCAAAGCAAGCAAAAGACUUUCUGAGUGGCAAACGCUCACCGUGGACAUUUUGCAGGACGUUUAACCGGUGCAGAUUUGCUUUUUUUUCGCCCCCACCCCACUACUUUGACACAACAGGUCACCGACAGAUGCAGUUUACACCCGCACUUGUGAGAAUAUGUUAAAAGAACUGGCUACUAGCACUAGUUAGCGCCGCUUAGCAGGUUGUUGCUGCAGGAAGAGUGUUGGCAGCACAGGUGAAAAACGGUAUGAGGAAACGUCGUCCUCCGUAUUUGCAAAUGUUCGUUUCGCACUUGGCAAAGAACAGGUGAGAGGCUGAAGCCAAAGGGCUGAUACUAUUCUCAGCUGACCCAAAAACAAAAAACACACAACACAGACUCUGUCUGAUCUCUUGGAAGGUUUGAUGUUGACACCUGGUUUUACACACCACACACGGCCUCAGCCCUUUCAUCCCUUCUUUCUCUGCGCCAGCGGCGGCUCUCAGACUCUUCCCUGCAUGGCCACACGCCGCAUGCCAAUAUCUGCAUCAUCAAAAUCAAACUGCGGUGCCAAAACAAAACGCUGAAUGCGGCGGGACAGAUAGCUGACCCAGUCCCUUUGCCAUUUUUUUUUUAGUUGUUGUUCUUUGAGGGGGUGGACUUUUUCCAGAGGUGGAAAGUGCACAAGAAGUGGAUCCAGAUCGCUGUGCACUGAAUAGGUUGGACCAUUGUCCACAGUUUGGUUGACUGAGUGGUGGUUUUUAACGCACACGCCGCCCCACUUAAUUUGUUCACCCUGGCACACGCUGUGAGAAAGGACACACAUGGACUGCAGCCAGGAGACAGGAGAUUUUCAAGAGCUUUAAAGGUAACAACCUGGCAGCAGCCAGCUGGCUGUCCUUCACUUAUCCUCCUAACAUCCCCGCUUGCAUUCUUUCAAUUUGUGUCGCCGCUUCCUUGAUUGUUCCUUAACUACUUUUGCCCACCCUGCCCUCUUGAGGCGCGACCGGGCUCGGCUGUGAGCGGAGGUGGAGAGAGAGCGUUGAUCACACCUAAAGUAGCGGCUGCCGUUCUGGCGGAGCGGGGAAAACAGAAACUGCCUUUGAGCUUCUGAUAUGCAAAAAUAACUCAAAGCUGCCCGUGGCGCAUGCUGCAAGGUCAAGUGCGAGAGGUUUCCCAAUCUGUCGCAGAAUUCGCCUGCGCUUAUCCCGCUGUUUAGAGGAGCGAUCUGGGUUUCGCUUUAGCGCUCCCUUGUGAAAGGUUUAGAGGGAGCUUUUGAGAGAUGGAUAAGCACAGUCUGUCCGCAGGUUGUAGAUGAAUGCAGCACAGCGAUAAAAUGUUUGGAAUGAAACGGAGAUGAGAAGUUUGGGGGUAAUGUCUCCACUAGACACAGACACCCACAGUGGAGACAGGACCAGUUCGGCUGCUUUGUAUCGGUGCAUCUCGAAAACUGCAGGGGCCACCAGCGGAAUGAGCGUUGCAGCACGUUUCAUCAUCUCCACGAGAGCAACGAAGGAAAUCUGGAGCUCAUGUUCAUGCAUGUCGGACAUUCUGCUGCUCUUUAUCCCAGGGAUCUGAAACCGUUUUCUGCUCCCAGGGAGUUAAUAAAUACCGACACAGAAAGCAUCUCGCACCGGGCUGAUUUCAACAGUCCUAAGAGGUCCAGACUCUGGGUUUGAGUCCACUCUCAGGGAGUUUUCUGUUCACUGUACCCAGAGCCCCUCCGCCUGUGUGAACUGUGCCACAGCAGAGUCGAAAUGCUCUCUGAUAGGUUUGACUGCGGUUACCAAGCAACCGGGUUUAAUUCCAGGAAGUGAAAACCCCGUUGUGUCAAAAGAGAUCAAAAUGUUUGCCAACGCCGCCUGUGUCUGGCUCAGCUGUGUUGUGAGCGCUGCACUGGAGUUAGAAGUUCAAUCUGGGACAAAUGUUUGUUUUAGUAGGUCAGCACUGGGAAACUGAACGCGCGAGUAACGGGCCCAGUAACAUUCAGACGAUCCGCUCCGCUAAGAAUGCACACGUUUAGUUCCUUGCAUUUUGUUCGUGACAUGUGACUGACAGUCGUGUAUGUACCAUAUUUGAUGCACAUUUCAUCUUAAAUUCUCCACAGAAAUACUUAAAGUACUUUUUUUUUUUUUUUUUUUUUACCUAAACCAUUGCAAUCUAUGUCUGUGCACUUUAUCAACACUGAAACAUUGAUUCAGCUGGUUAGCUGCUUGCCAGAAAAUGAGCAGUUGGAAACUUUGACAACUGACGUAUCAAGAAAACGUUUUCUGCCAUGGUUUACAGUCAGAUAUUACAACCAAUGAAUUAGUGAUCAUAUACCUGUAAACUCAAGUAAAUCAGGUUCUGUUAGCGGAUAGUACCUGACUAAACAACAACAACAAAAAAAACUUUUCUAAAUGUACAAUCAUUCCCACUGAUGCAAUUUUUUUUCUUUUAAUUUGCUAUAGCAAUCCGCUGUUUGGGGAAAGCUUUACAAUUAACCAAAAUUGACUUGCUUUAGUAACACGAGAAGUCCAGUGUUUCUUUUUGUACUCUGGGAUGAAUUGGCUGCAUGAUGCCCCGGCUUUUUUUUUUCUUUUUUUCUUUUUUUCUUUCCGUUAAAUAUUGAAAUCACAGUGAAAACAGCCUAAACAUGAAUGGUGCCUUUACACCAACCUUUGGUUCAGGGCCCCUGCAAAGACAAUAAAUUAAGGUGUAGUCUGCCACACUUUAGAUCUUAGAUAACCUAAGAAAACUAUUAAAAUAUUGUAAUAGGGCUCAUAGAGUUAAAUAUAAUUGUAUGGGACUACUGUUGAAUAUGUCUAUGGAUUUACUGUCCCAACACAAAGAAGAAUAUGCAGUCAAUUCAGGUCUUAACAUUGUACGUUUUUGUGCUAAAACUGUUUUAUAGAUUGAAGCUUCUGAAGUAACUCAACCCAGGGUGUCCGCUGCUUCCCAAAUACUCUUGUACUUUUGCACAAGUUGAACUGUCACUUUAUUUUGGCUCACGCGCUUCGGACCGAGCCCCGCUUCAUCAUUUACAGACAAAUUUAAUGUCUGCUUACAUUACAGGUUGUUUCAACUCAGGAGAUGUGAAUAUACUGACGAUGCAGUACACUACGUAUUAUCAGCGACAUCAAGAUGAGUUUCCCCUAUCUGCUGUGCAAACUUGUUGCAAGUGCAACAAGUUUGUGUGUAUACACUGCUUUGUUUGCGUUUCCAGUCAAAGAAAUGUCAAAGUGACUUUAUUAAUAUUCUCCUUGUUUGCACCCAGAAUCCAUUCUUCCACCCGCUGCCAUUGUCAGAAAUAUCUGCUGAUAUGCUUAUUGCUCACUUAGUCAGGCACAAACACUGUUUUCACCUGAGGAUUUGAUGGAGAAUAAACAGACUCAAAUGCCAAAA